ACAGAAUGUGUUCUUAUAGUUUCAGAAUAAACUGACGAAACCGGAUACAGAACUCCUAGAUAUCUUCAGUAUUUAGUUCCACUUCCGGUUCUAAGACUAUGUAAUACUUUCCACUGAAAAUGUCAGUACCUGAGAAGGGUUCAAGAAAGGAUCUGAUCUCGGUGGAUAGUUGUCUCCCUGAACCCAGCGAGAUGACGACGUUUAAAAAAUCCCGAACCUCGUCGAUCAAGGCUCUCGUGGCGACCCUUCUACUCAGUUUUGCACUGUGCAUCGGACUAAUUAUUGCACUAAUAGUGGUUUGUACUCAUAGAAGUACCGUGAGUAAUCUUGAACCUGAUCAAGGGAAACUAAACCAGGAAGACAAGCAGCGAGAUCUUUGUCUUUCGGAAGGAUGCAUAGGUACGUCUCACAUGAUCCUGAAUAACAUGGAUAAAACAGUAGAUCCGUGUGACGACUUCUACAAGUUUACAUGUGGAGGAUUUGAACAUAGAGUCGUAAUUCAAGACGAUAGAUCAUCUAGUUCUCAGUUCUCUAUAAUUGGAGAUGAUCUGAUCCAGCAGCUCCGAGAGAUACUAGAGGCAGAACCAGAGGAGGGGGAGAGCAGAGUAUUCACUAUGGCAAGGAAUGCAUAUAAAGCGUGUAUGGAUGAAGAACGGAUUGAGAGAAUUGGACUUCAACCUCUCCAGGAUAUGUUGAAGAACCUGGGAGGUUGGCCCGUCCUAGAGGAGAACUGGGACGAGACUAGUUUUUCCUGGAUUGACUCCACCUACAAGUUCCGUAGGAACGGUUACUCAACAGACUAUCUCAUUGAUUUCUCCGUGGUGACGGACUCAAAGAACUCAAGUUGGAGACUAAUAGAUAUAGAUCAGGCAUCUCUAGGUGUGUCCAGAGAAUAUCUGAUUAAUGGACUAGAGGAUCCUGAUGUAAUCAGUUACUUCAAUUAUAUGGUCAAUACCGCUGUUCUUUUGGGAGCUCCACGUGAAAGGGCGGAAAAGGAAUUAAAGGAAUCACUUCUCUUCGAGAUCGAACUUGCGCAUGCGUCCCAGGCCAGAGAGGAGAGAAGGAAUGCAAGCCGGUUGUACAACCCUGUAUUAGUGAAGGAUCUUCAUAAUUAUGCUCCCAUGGUUCCCUGGCUGGAAUAUAUAAAUAAUAUUCUUACUGAAGAUAUUGCGCAGGUUGAUGAGAAUGAGCGUGUGAUUGUAGAUGAACCUGGAUAUUUGAAGAAUCUAACUAUUCUUCUACCAAAGUUUAGCAACAGAAGUAUAGCGAACUAUAUGAUGUGGCGAACUGCGCGGGCAUCCCUGGGAUAUUUUACUGAGUCUGCGCAGAGAAUACAACUUGAGUUCUCUAAGAAUAUUACUGGCACUAAGAGCAAGACGGAGAGAUGGAAGGCAUGCACAGGUGCUGCAACUGGUUCCUUCUCCUCCCCUGUUGGAAGUAUGUACGUGAGGAAGCACUUCAAGGAGGAAGCUAAACAGUCUAUGGAGGAGAUGGUUCGGGAUAUCAGGACGGAGUUUGAUAAUAUCCUUGACAAUAUCGACUGGAUGGAUGAAAAAACAAGAGAGAGAGCUAAGGCAAAGCUGAAGAGUAUGAAGGAGUAUAUCGGAUACCCGGAGGAGAUAUUGGAGAACUGGAGGCUGGAGGAACUAUAUGAAAACCUGGAGAUUAAUCCUGAAACCUAUUUCAUGAACGGGAUAAAAAUGUCUAUCUGGGGAACCAACUAUUCAUGGGGCAAACUUAGGGAGAAGGUUGAUAAAACGGAUUGGAAGAGGCACGGAGCACCUGCAGUUGUGAACGCAUUCUACUCCUCUAUAGAAAACAGUAUCCAGUUCCCUGCUGGCAUCCUACAGGGCAACUUCUUUAACGCGGACCGGCCUGCAUAUAUGAACUACGGAGCUAUAGGUUGGGUCAUUGGACACGAGAUAACUCACGGGUUUGAUGAUCAGGGUCGGCAGUACGACGAUGAAGGUAAUCUUAAGAACUGGUGGGAGGAUUCAACGAAAGACCGGUUUCUUGAGAAAGCCAACUGUAUUGUCUGGCAGUACGGAAACUAUACUGCAGAUUCAGUGAAUAAAACCCUGAAUGGAGUAAAUACUCAGGGUGAGAAUAUAGCUGAUAAUGGUGGAAUCAAGGAGGCAUACAGAGCAUACCAGUCCUGGGUUCAUAGACAUGGAGAGGAACACAAGCUUCCGGGAUUACAUGGAUACACAGGGAAACAGAUGUUCUGGAUAUCUGCUGCUAACACCUGGUGCUCCAAGUACAGAGAUAAAGCUCUAGAGAAGAGAAUCAAGACUGGAGCACACUCCCCUGGAAUGUUUAGAGUAAAGGGUCCCUUUAGUAACAGCAGGGAGUUUGCUGAGGAUUUUAAUUGUCCCCUUGGUUCAAAUAUGAACCCUGUGGACAAAUGUGAGGUCUGGUAAGUAUCUGGUAAUCUAGAACCUAGAGACCUAGAAACCAAGUUAUUAAAUCUGAUAUGAUCGGAGUACUGUAGAAAAUCCAUGCAUACACACUGCACCAUUCAUUCUUCAAAUUGUACAACAAGGCCA